GUAAGGCGUGUGCCCACCAUCCCAUGGUGCCCACUCGGAGAUAGUAAAACAGGUAUUCUAGCAGUGCAAGAAUUCCGACGACCGGGCCUGCGCUCUUCACUUACACCAUACGCGACCGGUCUAGCGGGCGAACAUGUGCUCAGCAGGAAUCCUGCGAUACUUUUAAUAAAUUUUCGUUGUUUAUUGCUUUUCCGUUAUUUUUAUUAAUGAAACUCGUCAGCGAAAUGCCUUUUUUAAAGUGAUUGACUGUUGUUUUGUGACAAAAUUUGUUUUUUGAAUGUGAAAACAUGGCUUCAAAUGAUGAUAUGACUUUUGAGUGGUCCAUGCUUAAUAGCACCAUCGAGGAGUGGACUGAAGAAGAUCUUCAGUUGGCUGCUGAGCUGGGAAAAACUUUAUUGGAACGUAAUAAAGAGUUGGAAUCGAUUGUUAAAUUUCAAUCAAACACAUUAGAAGACCAAGCACAGGAAAUAGAGUACCUUACAAAACAGACAGCAGCCUUACGAGAAGUAAACGAUUCUAGAUUAAGGAUAUACGAACAACUGGAAGUAAGCAUCCAAGAUUUAGAACGUGCCAAUCACCGUUUAGUUCUAGAAACAUCAGCAGAGAAAAAACACAUAAAAAGCCUAAAUUCCACCAUAGAAACCCUUGAAGCCAAGUGCGAAGACCUUCAGGGUGUAGUAGAUGAUUUGAGACUGGAAUUAGAUGUACUUAAGAGAAAAAAUCAAAGAAAUGAUAAUGAGGAUAGCUGCAUUUUUAAGAGUCAAGAAAUUAUCAAUCUUAAAAGCAUUCCUGCGGAGGGAAGAGUCAGUUCGAAAAACCCUGCUACACAGAAAAAUGAGACAAGUGUAAAAACACCGAAUUCUUCCAAGACUGACAUAACCCAACCAUCCCCAGUCAAACCAACCUCCAACACCGAAAAACCAACGAAUCCGUCUCAGGAGCUCGACCAAGAUGGCGGAAUGGAACAGAUAAGCCAUUUGAUGACGCAGAUGCGUGAGGUGCGCAGCGCAUUUUGCAGGGAAGAACGCAGAGCUGCCGAACUUGAAGAACAACUGGCAACAAUGGUGCAACAAAAUCAAGACUUAGAAAACCAAUUGGUGCAACUUCAUCAUAGAAAUGACGAUGUCAAGAGUAUGCACGAUGAACUGACCACUCUGGAAGAAGUCAGACAAGGUCAAAUGUGCGCAAGAUGUUUGCGCAGCGUUGACGGAAACGGUAGCGAGAUUCCUGAUGAAGACGACUCCAGUAUGCUGGAUGAACUGAUGAACUCCUCUUCUACUCCACAGCACAGAUCGUCAUUUACUAUGGAAGUGCAGAGUUCAACUCCAGCUAAACAACACCACACACCCAACGAAAAGAAGAAGAAUGCAUACCAGGUGCUUGUCGAAAAAUACGAAGCACUAGUAAACGUCCACAGAGGACCAAUGCGAAACAUAUCUUUGCAAGAGGAAAUGCAACUUUCUGGUGAUUUUAACACAAUGAGCACAAAGGACACUGAUGAAGAAAGCGGCCAUGGUGACAGCUUACAACCGGAAAAAGAACACAAGAAAACUAGAAAGAUGGUAUCUCAUACGCCUACUGAUUUUUCAGAAGCUGAAACCAGUUCGUCAGGUUUUUCUGACGAGACUAGUAACAAGUCUACACAGACCGAAGGCAAGGUAGGCUCAUUCCUUUGCACCAUAGGCGAUGGUGAAGACUGCAAAUUUAGUAUCUAUGAUGACGCCAAUCCAGUCGAGUGCAGAUUUAGAUCAAGGCCUGAGUAUCAAAAAUUAUUUAAGGAAAUAUUCUCAGUACUUAAACGAGCGGCUGAAACUAAGGAAGAAGAUGAAAAGUUGCCGCAAUUAGAUGACAUUACUCCUAUAAAAAUCGUUCCCAAGGUCCCACCAGUCACGCCAUGUAAUGACCAAUUGCCAGAUUUUCCUGAUGAUGACACACAAAGUAUUCUUUCAUCAACUAUGUCUGAGAUGUCCACUUCUCAAAACGAGCCUACAACGGUAAUUGAGAAUAUAAUACAAUCACAAAACGAACCUAUUCCAGAGCCAGAAACUUCAAAACCGAACAAAGAAAGUAUUCUAAGGCCUUUGGUAAGACAGCAAAACGAUUUCAUCCAAGUAGAAAGUCGCAAACGAUCUUCUUCAAGGCGUAAAAAUAAGUUCGUUGACCGUUCUGACUCCCCAGUUACUCACAUAAUCGGAAGCCCCACAAUUAACUAUUCAAAUAGACCAAAUUCUGGUAGGAGACGCAGAGAAAUUAAAAACUCUCCCAUAGAAACUGUCGAUACAACCUGGAAUGGCAAUACUCUUCAGUUUACCAGAUCUUUAUCCAGAAACUUGGCAUCUCCUACGCCAAGUCAAGGUAGCGGUAAGAUUGAAUUUAAACCAAGUUCUGCAUCUCAAUCGUUGCACAAGCUUAAGAAGUUGGAACAAUCGUACGCAGACGUGUUAAGAAAUGCUGAUACCAAGAGAGAUAUGCUUAGGCAUAGGAGGAAGUAGGAUGUUUAAGUCAUUUUUAUCAUAUUUUGUAUAUUUGUGUUUUGUUGUUUCCUAUUGAGGCAGUUUUGUAUAAAUACAUUUUAAAGUUUGCAAACUGAAAAAAAACGUACCUAUGCAUGAUAAUUUCAUGUUAGUUUAAAAUUAAACGAAUUGGUAUUAACAAAAAUAAAGUUGAUACUGAAACUAUGCUCAAAUACAAUAAUAUAUUGUUCUGCUUUUUAGCAAAUUUUUGUACUUACGUUUUUUAAUAACUUUAUGUGUACCUACCUAUAUUUUUUUAAAUUUAAAUACAUUUUAAUGUUUUUAUUAUUUGCAAAUUUGUAAAUUGAUUUUCACUGGUGUCUCCUUGUUGUAAAUAUUAUUUUAUGUUAUUUUACAUAAUAAUUGUUUUGUCAACUGUUUUUAAAAUAAGUUUACUUAAAACUGAAACGAUUUGCUCGUGAGCAAAUAUAUUGUGCCAAUAAAGAAAAUGUAAUAUUCACAAAAUCGUAUUUAUUGCACAUUUUAAAUUAAUUAUAUUAUUAAUAUUGUAUUAUUGUAUAUCCUAACAACAGUAUCGUUUGGUAUAAAUAUGCAAUCUAUUCUAUUUAUUUAUAGAUUUUUAGAAUAGAGUAGCGUUUUUAAGAAUAAAUAAAUAGGAACGAGACUAUAUUUGAGAUUACAAUACUACGAAAUAAAUAAAAUGAAUAAAAUGUUUUUUUAUUAUCCUU